GCUUGGAGUGGCGGGGUUCAAUUAUGGAGGCACUAGAUUGGAUACUACAAUACUACGCAGGUAAAGAGGAAACCAGACUGACAGUUAAGAGAAGAGGAAAAGGCACAUCAUUUUCUAUGGAGGACAGAACCGACAACUGGCUGGCUGAUCAUACGUUCUGAGGAGAUCCGCAAUAUGAUCAGUUUUGAGCUUCAUCGUACAUAUGUCAUGGCGGCGGGUCGACUGAUUAGACAGGAAACGGCUACUCCUAUGGGCAAUAGUACAAGCCCGCCUUUGGCUUGUAUCCUCUGUGCCUUCAACGGAUACAACUUCCUGACUAGUUUGGGUACGGACAGGAAAUUGGACUGUGGGACGAGUCACGUGGUGGUAGUCGAUAGCAAAAGCUCGGACUGCUCCAUUAUGUCGGUGGAUGUGAACGAGGGUUCUGUUAGGGCCGACACCGAUGAGGAGGUUUGUCGAAUAUGUAGAACAGCUGGGACAGAGGAAGCCCCUCUGUAUUUCCCUUGUGCGUGUAGUGGCAGCAUAAAGUAUGUUCAUCAGGACUGCCUUCAAAGAUGGCUAUCACACAGUAAUGCUCAGCGGUGCGAGGUGUGCAAACAAGAAUUUGCUUUCUCUCCUGUAUAUGCGGAGGACGCUCCCUCGAAGCUCCCUUUCCAGGAAAUCUUGUUGGGGCUUUGUGUGAAGGGAUGGCGCAGUCUGCGCUUCCUUUUUCGUUUGUUUCUUGUUGUUUUCUCUUGGCUCGUUUUGGUUCCGUUCGUAACUUGCUCGCUUUGGCGGUUGUUCUUCCUGCGGUCACUUCGCGAAGCGCGGUUUCUCCUGCAUAGCAGAUUGGCCCCGGCCCUUCUUCUUACAGAUUGUGUUUACGGGUGGUUUCUGUCGGCGGGGAUUGUGUUCGUGUUCCUUGGGUUCACCUCGCUACGGGACUAUCAUCGACAGAUCCGGCAUCAGCAAGGGAGGGCUGAAGCGGGUUUGGAUGCGGAGGAUGAGCAGGAUGUGCAGUUCGGAGUGGAGAUCGGGGUCGCAGAGAGGCAGCAGCCACUGGUGCUGCCUCGUAGGGGGCUUGGAAGGUUGGGCUGGGCAGCUGAUCAAGGAGGCGGAAAUGUCGGUGGGAUUCAGGAUGGCCUGGAGAGGGGCUGGGAGGGCGAUGACCAAGCAGCUGGCAGGGGUGGGCACGAAGGGCUGGGUGCAGGUGAGGGCAGAGUUGCUUUGGAGGAGGGAGCGGCUGGAGAGGGCACCGCAGCGGACAACGCCACACCCAUGGUAGAAGUCGUGGAUGCAGAAGAUGCCGAGGGCGAGGAGCAGCAAGUCGCUGGAGGAGAAGCCAGGGAGGGGCGUGUAAGGGAAGCUGGUGUGAUGGUUGAUGGCGAGGACGGGCCGGACCUCGAUGACAUUCAACUGCAGGGUGCAGCGUUGGAAGCACGGAUGGAGGCUCAGUUAGAUCAGAUGUUUGACGACAAUGAUGGAGUUGGCAAUGAUGAGGUGCCACUCGAGGAGCUUGUUGGAUUGCAGGGCCCAGUUCUGCACUUGCUGGAGAAUGCGGUCACAGUCAUUGUCAGCAAUGCAUUGUUCCUGGCAAUCGCUGUGUUAGUGCCUUUCACGAUUGGAAGGGCUGUCAUAGUGCUGGCGGGGCACUUUGCGUCGGGGGGCGCAGCCAGCAGCACUACUGCCGUCCCGCAGUUGAGGAGCUACGACUUCGUCCCGUUCAUAGCAAACCAGACAGGAGUUCCCAAUCCCAGCGAUCUGCACUUUGAAGACCGGACUGCGGUGCUUCCAUGGAUGGAGGAGCGAACCGUCUUCCAACGGCAUAGUGCCGACCGUGGUUUAUCAAGGAUUUUGUCCAACAAGAGCCUAAGUAUUCAAUGGACGAGAUGGUGGGAUGAUGGCCAGCGUUGCCGCAUUUUGAAGCUGGGACAGAGGUGUUCUGUGCGGGGCAAUGCCGCUGGUCAUUUGCUGCCGUGCGAUCCGUGGAAUAGUAGCGAGGGCGCCGAUCAGUGCUACGUCAAUCUGGAGAAGGGAGAGGGUCCGGGUGCUGCGGGGGCGGUUCGCGAAGCUGAGGUGGUGGUGAUAUCGUCUUGGAUGUCAGAAAGGUUGACCCUUCUGAUUGGGUACGCAGUAUUAUUGUCAACACUGGGUUUGUACUUGCUGCUAGUGCCCUUGAUGAGGGGAAGACCGUCGAAUCGCAACAGAAGAGAGGUGGGAGAAGGGGAGAAUGGCACAGCGUGGAUUAUGGAGGCAGCACCUCUGUUCGGCAGGCAGAUCGUUCUGUUCCUGAGGCAUGGGGCAAUGGUUCUCAAGGUGGCGUCGCUACUGUUUCUUGAGCUUGGCGUGUUUCCGCUGAUGUGCGGGAUCUGGCUGGAUGUCUGCUCCUUGCGAAUGCUGGAUGCUUCGCUGAAGCAGCGAGCUGCCUUCCUUGCAGCAGCGCCGGUUGUUUUCACGAUGCUCCACUGGUUGAUCGGGAUAGUCUACAUGUUGCAGAUUUCGAUCUUUGUGAGCCUGCUAAGGGAGACGCUUCGGCCAGGUGUGCUGUCGUUUCUUCGGGACCCUGCAGACCCCAAUUUCGAUCCUGUGCGAGAUCUAGUGAAUGAGCCUUUGCAUAAGCAUCUGUGGCGGGUGUUCCUCUCGUUCAUCGUCUACAGCAGCUUGAUAGUGAUGCUCGUCUAUGUGCCCAUCAGCCUAAUAAUACAGCUCUCCCCACGUCUCUUCCCCUUGAAUCUCAAGUUUUCCGAUCCUUUCAUCGAGCUACCGGCAGACAUGCUUCUCUUUCACAUCUUUGUUCCGUUCACGAUCGAGCACUUUCAGCCGCGGUUGGUUGUGAAGAAGCUGAUGGCCCACUGGUUUCUGGUAGUAGGAGGGAUGCUUGGCCUGGUAGAGUUUCUUCUGCCUCUUCCACAGGAGGCGGCGGGCGAAGGCCCUCAGUUUGUGAACGAGGAGGGUCCGCCACAAAAUCUCGACCUGGGAGGUGCGCGGGAAGCUGCUGAGGUCUUGCCACCGGCAGGUGGGGAGCCGCACGAACCUGUACGCCUUCGACAAGAGCCGCUGGAGGAAGUGGAGGCCCACCAUGAACUUGAGCCGGUUGGGGAUGCGAUCAAGCCUCCGGUACCUGAUGUCGGCGGAAUUCAAGAAAUUGUGGAGGGAGGAAAAGAAGAUAGAGCUUCGGACUGGGACGAGGAUAGAGAUGUGGAAGAACUGGAAGAGGAGGAGGAAGGCAGAGAUGCAGAGGAGUACAUGUUUGCCGUUCGGAUCGUCGUACUCUUAGUCAGUGCUUGGCUUAGUUUGGUUGUAGUCAACUUAAACGUGGGAGUGCUUCCCAUCACGAUCGGGCGCUGGACCUUCGCCAGCUUGACAACGUGGCUUCCCGUCAGCAAAGGAUUGCCGUGCAACGACCUUUACGCCUUCGGCAUCGGUUGCUAUCUGCUAUGGGGCUUGUUCGUGGCCGUCCAAUGCACAGUACGUUACGUCAAAGCGCACGGCGCUGGGACACUCCUGCCCCAGGCCCUGCGGUGGACGGGCACCGUGCUGAAGAGUGUUGGACUCCUCUCCCUAUGGCUGGGACUCAUUCCUCUCCUCAUUGGCCUCCUCUUUGACUUGCUUGUCGUUGUGCCUCUCCAUACUCCUCUGGACGAGCGACUGAAACUGCUCUAUUACCAGGACUGGGCUGUGGGACUUCUUCUGCUGGAGAUAUGGAUGCGGCUUGUGAUGCUCGGGCAGGUCAUGCCUUUCGGGAUAGGCGAUGACCGGUGGCGCAACAAGUUCGAGAGGAUUCGAAAUGAUGGGUUCAUGCGCCUUCACGGCAUGUGGGUUUUGAAAGAGGUGAUUGCGCCUAUUGUAGGCUAUUUGCUAACAUUGCUAUGCCUCCCAUAUGCGUGCGCGAAAGGGUUGAUGGCUUUGAUUUCGCCCUCCCCGCAAAUGGCACUGCUUGUGCCGCGGUUCGCUUGUCUGGGGACUGUUGUGGCUGUUGUUCUCUGGCGGCUCCUGCAGAAGUCGAGAGCGUGGCUCAUCGAGCUACAUGAUUCGAUCCGCGAUGACAGGUACCUGAUUGGGCAACGAUUGCACAACUAUACCAGGGUUGUGGGCGGUUCAGCGGCCAGCAGGGAGCGAAUGAAGCACAGUGUCAGUGCGUCGGGGGGUUCCCAGGGAGGGGUGUCGGGAGAAGGUUCGUCUGGAGAAAGUGCAGCAGAUAUUCUGGGAGGACAGAAUGCUGAAGAGAGCAAAAGUGAUUGCAUGGCAGUCGGAAAUGGGGAAAGUAGAGGUGAUCAGCAGAUUUUGCAAGGUUCUUUUCCUCGCAACUCUCCUGUAACAGCAAUGGGACUUGGGGACGAUGUACGGUCUGGGGAUCAAACGACGGAGGAUAAACGUGGUUUCGGUGGUGCCGAUGACGAUGACAGCUCGCAGGCAUCGGCGGUCACAAGUGUUCAUAUGCCUUCUGGAGGAUCACUUCACUGUGUAACAUCUGCUGCUGAAACCCGGCCCUCGUUGACCCACGGUACAACGACAACUCCAAACGGCGAAAUGUGUGAGAGUAAUGCGGAGUCUGGUGCUGAGGGUUGGGACGGAUCGGCAGGCACAAGCAUGGUGGCAGAGAAGGUGGAUCCAGGUGUUAGCUCCAAAAGAGGGCAGGCAGACCAAAGCAGUGAGGUAUGCGACGAGGAGAGUUAUGGGGGGACCACAGAGGAUGGCUAUGGGAAGGGGGAUGAAUGGCGGAUGUUGAAUGCACACACACAGGCAGACCAAAGCAGUGAGGUAUGCGACGAGGAGAGUUAUGGGGGGACUACAGCUGUCUCUUAUACACAUCUAGAUGUGUAUAAGAGACAGCACACAGGCAGACCAAAGCAGUGAGGUAUGCGACGAGGAGAGUUAUGGGGGGACUACAGAGGAUGGCUAUGGGAAGGGGGAUGAAUGGCGGAUGUUGAAUGCACACACACAGGCAGACCAAAGCAGUGAGGUAUGCGACGAGGAGAGUUAUSGGGGGACUACAGAGGAUGGCUAUGGGAAGGGGGAUGAAUGGCGGAUGUUGAAUGCACACACACAAAUGUCUAGCGGUUUGGUUGGCAUUGAGGAGGUCGGUCAAAACGUUUUGUGCAUGAAAGCUGCAGGUGUGGCAGGGCCUGAUCACUAAGGUAAUGAGCCGAUGAGCAAUGAUGGAUGUUAUUUUUGGGAACCCGAAAAUGGUCCAUUUUGGGUACUGUUGAAGGGUCAUUUUGGCCACCAAUCGGUGAAGGUUGCAGGGUUGCAGGGUUGCAGGGUUGCAGGGUAUCUCAUCUACGCCGUAUCACAACGGGAAGCGCAAUGAGGGUAUACUCACGCCAUGGGACUUAUCCGCUUCUUCGUGGACACAAUUGUGGUCAGGUACAUGCACGCUGGGUAGGGAAAGCGGUCAUAUACAUCCGGGAAAGUUCUAUUCUGAGUAUGCCCUGAUGGGAAUGUGGUGUUGUAUGUGCUAUAUAAGAGAAGAUGGGCAUUUCAUGUGCGCUUCACGAAGUCGAUCAACCGCCUUCACAGGGGUACUAACUUCACAGAGGGAUCUCCAAACAACUCGGUGAAUGUGGAGGAUGUAGGACAGGGGGCGCAUUCGGUGUGUGAAAUGUGUGUCGGUUCUUGAUUUUCGCCAACUGCUGUUUGCAUGAGUAGAUAGCAAUCAAACUGGCUGAUCAUACAGUACUCCGGAUUUUUGCUCCAUUCUAGUGUCCGUGCUAUUGUCCUUUUGAGGCACGGACAUAUUAAGCAAAAUGCCUUUUGUCAUGUGUCGGUGGAUGGCCUGUGUCGUAAAGAAAUGCUAUCUUCGUGACCGAGGAGCAAUCAAGAUGGCUGAUCUUCGUGAACGAGGAGCAAUCAAGAUGGCUGGACACGCCACGCAGAGUUGGAUGUGCUCUUUGCUGUUGUCCUUGAGAGUGGAACGCACGCAACAUCAUAAACCGCCAGUACAGCCACGCAUCGGGCGCGGGCGCCGUUCGAGGGCCGAAACACUAUGCCGGCCACCGAUAUUUUUGUUCCGACGGCGUGCUGGCUCCGACUUUUUCGGAGCAGGUGACGAACAAUUCUCCACAAGGCUGGGACCAUGUACUAGCGUUUUAAGCGUCGCACGUUGGUUGAGGGUAUGCUACCAAAAUUUCAAUAAGUUGGAAGUGUGUGGAGCCCCAGGGCAGGGUACCGAUAACGAUGGAUGUCGGGCGGCGAGAACUUCGAGGAUGGGGGCGACUACCUAGAGAGAUUAUGGGGUCUGUUCCAGCAGGUCUCUUGUUCUCUCCUCCCGCAGUACACCCUUUGGCAAGGGGUCACUUUCCGUGUGUCUCUCGUUUCACAGCACGACAUGGAAAGGCGGAUGCUCAUCUUGUGAUGAUCGUGGUGUGACUCGGACUUGUGAUCUGCGUGCUGCGACGUGAACCCCCAUCUCCUUCAUGAGAGGUGGACAGUAGGAGCAUGGCCCAGAGCGAUGCGAGUGUUAUGAAGGGGAUGUUUGCCUUGUGAUGUAUGUGCUGUGCAUCCGACCCGGCCUCUCUGUCGCAAGUGAUGGACGGCAGUGGCAUUACUGAG